AUUGCGUUGCCCUCUCUUUCGUUUACUCUACAAAGAGAAAGAAUAUGGAUUCUGUCAUCUCGCCUUUAUUCUAAACUACUAGGUGGGAUUUUGGAGAUUGGAAUCUGUAUGCUUUGUUCACGCUGGAUAAAAAUAUGUCGACGCGGAGGAUAUGCAGCCCUUUUUGGAUUUAUAUAGUCGUUGUUCUGCUUGAUUGUUGCUGGGAAGCGGUGUCUGGGCAGCUCUCUUACUCUGUAUCAGAGGAGGUGAACCCGGGAACUUCUGUGGGAAAUAUCGCUAAAGAUCUAAAUCUUAAUGUUCACGACUUGGAGGCUCGUAUGUUUCAGAUUGUCAGUGGAUCAAAGAGAAAAUAUUUUGAUGUAAAUCUGAAAACGGGUGUCCUUUAUGUCAAUGAAAGAAUAGACCGUGAGGAGCUGUGUGGGAAGGCUACAAGAUGUACCGUCAGUGUAGAGGCCGUGAUAAACAGUCCACUGAAGUUGUAUCGUUUGGAGAUAAAUAUAGUCGAUAUAAAUGAUAAUGCACCAUUUUUCUCUGAGAAUUUGCAGUCUCUUAACAUUGCUGAAAGUACAGUGCCAGGGGGGACAUUUGGAUUUAUUGGGGCGUCAGAUUUCGACGUGGGUAAGAAUAGUGUGAGUACAUACAAGCUGAGUCCAAAUGAUUAUUUUUCUUUAGAGAUUCACAAGGGGGGAGAAAGUGUGUCUGCCAUGCUUGUGCUUCAGAAAGCGUUAGAUCGAGAAACACAACCUAUAAUAAAACUUACAGUGACCGCAGUCGAUGGCGGAAAUCCACAAAAGUCAGCUACAUCCCAAAUUAUUAUAAAUGUUUUAGACAUUAACGACAAUGCUCCGAUUUUCAGCAGCCCUUUAUAUAAGGCACGCAUUUCUGAAAACUUACCAGUAGGUAAAACUGUCAUAGUUUUAAAUGCAACAGACGCAGACGAAGGUUUAAACAGUGAAAUAGAAUACUCACUGAGAAGUAAAGGUCAGGACCGUGUUUUAGAUUUAUUUCAAAUUGACUCUAAAACAGGUGCAAUUUUAGUUAAAGGUAAGAUCGACUAUGAGGAAAAUCCAGCCUUUGAAAUUCAUGCACAGGCCAGUGACAAAGGCCAGCCUCCGAUGUCUGCUCAUUGUAAGGUGCUGGUAGAAGUGGUGGACCUGAACGACAACGCUCCUGAAGUCACUGUAACGUCACUACUAAACACAGUGAAGGAGGACGCUGAAGUAGGUACUGCUAUUGCACUUGUUUCUGUUCUGGAUAAAGACAGUGGGAAAAACGGGGCAGUAAAAGCUGUAAUUGCAAAUGAUGCCCCAUUUAAACUGGAAACAAAUUAUAAAAAUUAUUACUCAUUAGUAGUUAAUGGUCCGCUUGAUAGAGAAACUAAGGCCCAAUACAAUGUUACUAUCGUAGCAAGUGAUGAAGGGACUCCACCUCUAUCCAGCACCAACAUAGUUACUGUUCACGUUUCUGAUGUCAAUGAUAACGCACCUCGGUUCCCAGAGCCCGUAAUUAAUGUAUACGUAAAUGAGAACAGUCCAGUAGGAGCAGUUAUUAAAACAGUGACUGCAACUGAUGCUGAUGUCGAGCGUAACGGUCAAGUGAGCUAUUCGUUUUUACAAAGUAACAGUGACUCGUUGCCAUUAUCUACAAUGGUGAACAUCAACUCAGAGACUGGAGAUAUAGUCAGUUUGCAGUCUUUUAACUUCGAGGAGUUAAAAACGUUUCAGUUUAAAGUUCAGGCCACAGACUCUGGUGUUCCUCCGCUCAGCAGCAACGUGACUGUGAACGUUUUUAUCCUGGAUGAGAAUGACAACAGUCCCUCGAUUCUCGCGCCCUAUUCUGAGCAUGGUUCCAUUAACAGUGAGAGCAUCCCCUAUUCUGCUGAAGCGGGAUACUUUGUAGCAAAGAUCAGGGCUGUAGACGCAGACUCUGGACACAAUGCGCUGCUUUCUUAUCACCUCUCUGAGCCCAAAGGAAACAACCUCUUCAGGAUCGGAACCAGCACCGGGGAAAUCAGGACUAAGAGGAGAAUGAGUGACAAUGACCUGAAAACUCACCCCUUGGUGGUGUUGGUUUCUGAUAACGGAGAACCCUCCCUGUCAGCUACUGUGUCUAUUGAUGUGGUGGUGGUUGAAAGCACAGCUGACAUCCAGACUCAGUUCAGACAUGUGCCCAUAAAGGAGGACAGCUUCUCUGACUUAAACCUGUAUCUGCUGAUCGCCAUUGUGUCGGUGUCAGUCAUCUUUCUGCUGAGUCUCAUCAGUUUAAUAGCUGUCAAAUGUCACAGGACAGACGGCAGUUUCAGCAGGUACGGUCCUCCAAUGAUCACCACCCACCCUGACGGGAGCUGGUCUUACUCUAAAGCUACUCAGCAGUAUGACGUCUGUUUCAGCUCAGACACGCUCAAGAGUGACGUAGUGGUUUUCCCCGCACCGUUUCCGCCUGUAGAUGGAGAACUGAUCAGUAUUAACGGAGGAGACACUUUUACCAGAACUCAGACUUUACCCAACAAAGAGAAGGUAAGACCCCUCCACCCCCCACCCCCCAAAAAACAAACAAAAACUUACAUGCCUUAUUUAAUAUGAUCAAAUGGUUUUACCCUGCAGAGCUGAGACCGUGAGCACGCCCCCGCCAUU